AUCAACCAAAACAGGCGGCUAUAUAAAUCACCUCGCCUUCUCCUCCAUCGAUCCCUGCAUCCAUUGUGAGGGAUCCAUCCGAUCCAAGGAGAUUAGUGGUAGGACUAGUCGUUAGCUCAGCGUAGGUGUUUGGGUUACUUGAUUAGGUGAAGUGUGAAGAUGUUGGCGGUGUUCAGCGGCGAGGUGGUGGAGGUGCCGGCGGAGCUGGUGGCGGCCGGCAGCCGGACGCCGUCGCCCAAGACGCGGGCGUCGGAGCUGGUGAGCCGCUUCCUGGGCAGCGCGGAGCCGGCCAUGUCGAUGCAGCUCGGCGACCUCGGACGCCUCGCAUACUCCCACGCCAACCAGGCGCUCCUCCGCCCAAGGUCCUUCGCCGCAAAGGACGAGAUCUUCUGCCUGUUCGAGGGGGUGCUGGACAACCUUGGCAGGCUGAGCCAGCAGUACGGGCUGUCCAAGGGAGCCAACGAGGUGGUCCUCGUCAUCGAGGCGUACAAGACGCUCAGGGACCGGGCGCCAUACCCCGCCAGCUUCAUGCUCUCGCAGCUCACCGGCAGCUACGCCUUCGUGCUCUUCGACAAGUCCACAUCCUCGCUGCUUGUGGCAUCUGAUCCCGAGGGUAAGGUGCCGCUGUUCUGGGGGGUAACUGCUGACGGCUGCGUUGCCUUCUCUGACGACAUUGGCAUGCUUAAAGGAUCAUGUGGCAAGUCACUUGCGCCUUUUCCGCAAGGUUGCUUCUACUCUAAUGCUCUUGGAGGCUUGAAGUGCUAUGAGAACCCAAAGAACAAGGUCACUGCUGUUCCUGCAAACGAAGAAGAAAUUUGUGGUGCAACUUUCAAGGUAGAAGGCUCUACCAUCCUCACAGCACUGCAUUAGAAGGAGAUUUCGGUCGAUCUGCAGGCGUCGUUGGGCAAGCGAACCUUUGUACAUGGUGGUGUAACAUAAUGACAAGGCAUGCAACUGACCUGUGUCAUCUUUCAUAAAAAAGAAGUGCCGCCAACGUGGCAAGCACUUCAGUGUUGUCGGCUGUGCGUGUAUCUGCAUCCCUAGCUGUUCAAGUUUAAUGCAACUUCACAGUUCAGACCGGGUGCAAUCAGUUGCGUGAAGUUCUGUAAUCUCCAGCAAAUAAGUUCUAUUUCUGCAUUGUCUUA